UGUAGCUAUGCCAUUAGAAUAUGCACCAAAUUGGCCAAGUAUUUGCAGUGGAAUAUUAAUUUGACAUGCAAGUGAACAUGAAACAAUAGAUAUGGUUCAUUUGCUCUGUGUUAGGAUUGAGUGAGCUCAAGCAAUAAGAAAUUAUCAAUCAUAUUCAAUGGAGCGGGUGCAUUGACAUGCAUGAGGAAAGCAAAGGAACAUGAAGUAGUAGACUAUGUGAGACUGGGUGAACUCAAGCAAAAACAUGAAGUGGCUGGAAAGUACUAGACGCUUUCAGUUUUCUGUUGCCUGCAAAAAGAGAACGGUACUCUAAACAUCCUAAAAGCAGCUUUCUCGCUGGCUUCCUAUCAUACUGUAACAUAAUGGCCAAGACGGACAUCAAACAGAAGCUCGUUCUCAUCUGGAACUGCCUGUCGUACCUUUUUAUGUGCGGCGUCAGCAGGAUUCUAAGACGGGGAUAUAAUCACCACUUGAAUGAGGAGGACUUGGAUCCACUUCAUUCUAAUGACGAUGCCCGACUAGUCAUAGAUGACCUUCAGGAAAAAUGGGACCAGGAGCUCAGGACUGCGAGAAUCACCGGCCAAGAGCCACGCUUGUGGAAAGCUCUUAUGAAAACAUGUUCGCUAUCAGUCAUAGCAAAAUUGCUCUACCUUCGGUUUCUUAACUCGUUCUACACGAUGAUGUUAGUUGUAAUGCUUUACUUGUACCUUGAUGCUUUACAAACUGGACCGGCUAGAGACCUGACCUAUACCAAACUGUGUCUAGUUGGUCUUUGCGCAUCGACGUUCUUCAAAUUGUUCACCUUACAUCAUGAACAUUUGAUUUCAAGUCUCACAGAAAUGAGGCUGAAGAACGCGGUGACAGGAAUCGUUUACAAACACGUACUAGAGUCAAGCCGCUACAACUUGUCCCGACAGACAGAGGGCUUCGUCGUAAACCUGGUCUCUAACGACGCUAAACGGGUGGAGAAGCUGCUGGCUAGCCUCAUUAAUUUUGCUCGCGUCUCGUAUGAAACUCUCUUCGCUGUUCCAAUCAUUGUCCUCUUUGUCGGCUGGCAGGGACUAGCAUGUUUCAUUCUGUUCGUUCUGAUGAUAAUUCUUUUUCGUUUCCUGGCCGAAGUGUACUCGAGAUAUCGAAAAGAGCAGUUCAAGUUCACAGACAAGAGACUAACUGCGAUGAGUGAGAUAAUCUCGGGAAUCCGCGUCCUUAAGAUGAACUCCUGGGAACACAUGUACAGAGAUAGGGUAAAGCUGUUAAGAAGUCAAGAGAUCGGCCAGCAGCGGAAUGCACUACUGGUUCAAAGCAACGUAACCGCGUUUUCAACAAUUGUGCCUUUGCUAGCGACCCUUAUAUCUGUGUCACUUCUUAUCUUAACUGGAGUGACAGUUACCCCAAAACUGAUUUUCCCUCUCACAACAAUAAUAAAUAUUCUAUCAGUAACCAUCGGGAAAGGAUUACCUCUUACGAUGUAUUCAAUAAAAGACGCAAAAACCGCUCUGGAUAGAGUGCAGGGGUUUCUUGUGGCAACUUAUGCAGUCAAGUCACCCAAAACCAGUGCAAGAGUCACAACACCAGCAGUACAAACACAGACAGAACCUUUCAAAGAACAGCUCAAGAAAAAAGCAUCCUCAGAUACCAAAAGACUUGGUAACAUAUAUGUUGAGGUGAAAGAGCUCUGCGCUAGCUGGAAUGGCGGUGACCCGGUGACUCUGAGUGAUGUGAGUCUAAGUGCGCACUCGAGUCAACUUGUGAUGGUCACGGGUGCUGUAGGGUGCGGCAAAACGUCUCUUCUUAUGGCAAUACUCAGAGAGAUCCCAAUAAAACACGGAUCUGUUGACGUGCGCGGGAAGACAGCGUUUGUGAGUGAAACACCUUGGGUGUUUUCAGACACCUUCAGAGAGAACAUUCUUUUUGGUAAGACGUAUAUUAAAAAGAAAUACGAUCAUGUCAUCGAAUUGUGUGAUUUAGUGGAUGACAUUCGUCGAUUGCCUAAAGGUGACCUUAGUAUGAUUGGUCAGCGGGGAGUAACCCUAAGUAGGGGUCAGCGGUCUCGUGUCAGUCUAGCACGCGCGGUGUACUCGGACGCGGAUAUCUUUCUUUUGGACGAUCCUCUUAGCGCGGUGGACGCCCACGUGGGGCAGCAUAUAUUUGACAAGUGCAUCUGCGGUGAGCUGGGAAGCAAACUCCGGAUUCUCGCGACUCAUCAAGCACAACAAUUGGCCCACGCUGAUCACGUGAUGAUACUAGAAAAGGGUCGCGUUAAAACUCAGGGCGGCUAUGAUGAAAUCAAGGAGAGCAGUGCGUUAAAGGAGAUGAUGGAUGAGGCGAAGAGAACACGCUCUGAGGCGGGAAGUGGAGCGGAGCAGGACGCGGUCGAAACAAAGGGGAAGAUAAGAGAGACUACAGGGCAUAAGGACGUGGAAGAAGAAGCGGAGGACAGGGUCUUGGGUACGGUGACGUGGAAGUUGUAUUGGCAGUACCUCCGCGCAAGUCUUUCUUCUCCCGUUAUCUGUCUGAUAAUUGUCUUCUGGUUCAUAGCUGAAGCUGCUCGCGUUACUCCAUACUGGUGGUUAUCUAUGAUGUCACGCAUGACGCGUGACCAACAGAGGAGUGGUGUGACACUUGGCGUUUACUGCGGUCUCAUCUGCGCAGCCUUCUUAUUCGUUUUCAGCAGAGCGGACAUCUUUAUCCUUUCUACAACCCGUGCAUCUCUAAAACUUCACGACAGAAUGACAGAGGCCGUAAUCAAAUGUCCUGUUUCUUUCUUCGACAUGAAUCCCGAAGGUCGGAUCAUGAAUCGGUUCUCUAAGGAUACCGGAAGCAUGGACGGCUUACUGCCCGCCGGGCUGUACAUUGCGUGUGUUAUAAUAAGUCAGUUUUUAGGGACGUUGGUCCUCACUGCAGUAGUAAACCUGUGGUUUGUCGUGGGAAUCGUUCCGAUACUGCUGGUUUUCUGGCUGCAUGUGAGAUUCUACCUCCGGACCGCAAGGGACCUUCAAAGGCUAGAAAGCAUCAAGAGUAGUCCAGUAAUUGCACACGUGUCCGACACCAUGGCGGGGUUAGAAAGCGUGCACUCUUUCCAAAUGGAGGGCAGCUUUAUGGAUGCCCAUAUUAGGAACCAAAUGAGCAUACCCGCGCGUUCAAGCUCGUCUUGACCACAGGCCGAUGGGCAAACUUGUACACAGACCUGAUUGCCAGUUUCUUUGUUGCUGUUGUAGCAGUCGGAUCUCAGCUGCUAAAUCAGGACCCAGGUGUCUCAGGUUUGCUACUUACCUGUGCUAUACAAUGCCUGGAUUCCACGCAGUAUGGUGUCAGGAUGGCGACCGAAGUCGAGUGUCUUAUGACAUCAGUCGAAAGAAUAAUUUCUUACACAAAGCUGCCUUCAGAACCAGG